AUGCGAGACCAAAGUGCUUCCGUUGCUGAAAAACUUCCAAUUAAUUGCGAAAUUGAACGCGUAAACCACGACGAAGAUAAAAACAAGAAAAAUAAGAAAAGCAACAAGGACAAACAAACCAUUCCUACUGCUGAUAAAGGAAAAGUCCAACAAGACAAAUCGCAGGACGAUGAAAAUUCAAUCUCUACGGAAACCGGUGUUGGUCCUAACGACGAGAAUCGAACAAAUACAGUCGUAAUGGGCGACUCGAUUAUUUCCAAAUUGGCUGGAUGGAAAAUGUCUGACAAAUCGAACAGAACAACUAUUCGUUCGUUCCCCGGGUCUAGAGUUGAGGACAUGGCUGAUUACGUCAAACCAACACUCAAGUGGAAACCAGACAAUAUCAUUCUGCAUACUGGUACAAACAACCUGCGUACUGAUGAACCACUCGAUGUAGCCGAGAAAAUUGUAAAGAUCUGUGAACAGAUCGAACAACAAUCACCAAAAACUACAGUGGCUAUAUCGGAAUUAACUGCCCGACACGAUUCCAUUGAACUUGAUCAAAAGCGGAAAGAG